GCCCUAAGUGCCCCACUUUAAGCGAUAAAGUGGGGAGCCGCCUAGAUUUGCCACAGGCUUACCUGAGCCCCGAGCCACGGACUGCUUUGAAAUCAAGCACAGGACGACCUAAAAGAGUUGGCCAUUCUCCGCCGAGUUUCGUACUCUCACCUUACAACACCACCUCUCUACCCGUAAUAUCACCGAAGCAAAAUCAAUCAAGAUGGCGCGUCGUCCUGCGCGGUGCUACCGCUACUGCAAGAACAAGCCGUACCCUAAGUCGCGGUUCAACCGUGGUGUCCCCGACCCCAAGAUCCGAAUCUUCGACCUUGGCCGAAAGCGUGCGACUGUCGACGACUUCCCCCUCUGCAUUCACCUCGUCUCCAACGAGUAUGAACAGCUGAGCUCCGAGGCCCUCGAGGCUGCCCGUAUCUGCGCCAACAAGUAUCUUGUCAAGACAGCCGGAAAGGAAGGGUUCCACCUCCGGGUGCGCGCCCACCCCUUCCACGUCGUCCGUAUCAACAAGAUGUUGUCGUGCGCCGGUGCCGAUAGAUUGCAGACCGGUAUGCGUGGUGCCUUCGGCAAGCCGAACGGUAUCGUCGCUCGUGUCAACAUCGGCCAGAUCCUCAUGAGCGUCCGCACUCGUGAUUCCAGCCGCGCGUUCGCUCUCGAGGCCCUCCGUCGAUCUCAGUACAAGUUCCCCGGUCGGCAAAAGAUUAUCGUCUCCAAGAACUGGGGCUUCACUCCCCUCCGCCGCGACGAGUACCUUGAGAAGAAGGCCGCUGGCCGUGUCCGUGUGGAUGGUGCCUAUGUCCAGUUCCUCAGCAACCGUGGAAACCUGAAGAAGAACAUGAAGCUUUACCCCGAUGCGUUCAGCACCGAGGCGUAGAUGGGUGUGCAAGGCAAGAAAGGCAUCUGGCUUCGGAGUGGCGCAAAACGGUCAUAUCAGGACUGAGUUGAAGGCCCAGAUGUGAUAUGAUUUAUUCGUGACAAGCGGAAUUUGCUAUUACAAUGAGAGGACGCCCUGGCUCACCGUCUUUCCGGGCGUGGGUUUCCGUUGCAUUCUUACAACUGCCAGCUCCCUACUAACCCGU